AUGGACGAAUACUACAUUGAAGAUUGGGAAGAGGACCGCCCCCUCUCAAGAAGUCGUUCUGCUCGUUGGUCCCGUACACCUCGUACACCUCGCGCCCUCUCUCCACAAAAGCCGGUAGAUGAGAGACUCCUGCGCACCGAGAAGACCCGCAGAUCCCUCAGACCUGUGAGCGCGCGUGCCCAGCCACGUUCCGCCUGCUCAAGACGCUCUUCAAUUACGCAGCGCCCAGCGUUUACUGUUUAUUGA